GGCGCGGCGCGAACCCCUGGAGGGCCGGUCCUCGUGCAGGCCGGUGAUGAACGGUUAAGCCGACCCCUUCCUGCGUCUCCCUGCUUGCCGGCCGGCGAGAGGGUUCCGAGGCGGAGUUCGCUUUCCUCGCGCCCAUCCCGGCUCCCGGAGCAGCCGGGGGAAAUGCCCGAAGCCACCCGGCUCGAAGCCAGCAGCGGGGACGAGGCCGAGAGCCCCAUGGAGAGCGGGCCCGCCCCGGAGAGCAGCCGCAGGAGGAGGCACAAGAAAGAUAAAAAAGAGAGAGAGUCUAAACACCAUGAUAAAUCCAAGAAGAGGAAAUCCCGAACAGAGGAAAAUGGGCUGUCUGAAGAUGACCUUGAACCUCCCAAACUCAAAAAGAUGAAGGAGAGAGAGAGAGCAAAUGGAGAUACUGGGGAAAGAAGCCCAGAGCACAAGAAGAAAUCUUCCUCCCUAAGUAAUGGAGUCACCCCCACAAAAACACAGUGUAAUUUCAGUGAAGCAUCAAGUGGAGAGUGUGACAGCGAACCAGAGCAGGAACUGACUGCAGAGCAGAAGGAAGGUGCUUUCUCCAAUUUUUGUAUUUCCAAAGAAACUAUUGAGCUUCUUCGAGCUCGAGGUGUAACGUACCUGUUUCCUGUGCAAGUAAAAACCUUCAAGCACAUAUAUGAUGGCAAAGAUGUUGUAGCUCAAGCUCGAACUGGAACGGGGAAAACGUUCUCUUUUGCCAUUCCCUUGAUUGAAAAGCUUCAGGGAGAAAUGCAGGCGAGGAAGAGAGGCCGCACGCCAAAGGUGUUAGUUCUUACUCCAACUAGAGAGUUGGCAAACCAGGUAGCCAAAGACUUCAAGGACAUCACAAAGACACUCUCAGUGGCUUGUUUUUAUGGAGGAACGGCAUACAAUGGACAAAUUGAUCUAAUUCGAAGUGGCAUUGACAUCUUGGUUGGGACCCCAGGUCGAAUCAAAGACCACCUUCAGAAUGGCAAGCUGGAUCUUUCCAAACUCAAGCAUGUUGUCCUGGAUGAAGUUGACCAGAUGUUGGACAUGGGCUUUGCUGAACAAGUGGAGGACAUUUUACGAGUUGCGUACAAGAAGGGUGAUCUGCUAUCCUUGACUCUGGGAGCCAGCCUUACCCUGCUCUGCUGUGAGAAUCCCCAGUCCUGGGCUGUUCACGCACAGCCUCUAGCCUAUUCUGAAGACAAUCCCCAGACAUUGUUGUUUUCUGCAACUUGCCCACAUUGGGUAUAUGAUGUGGCUAAGAAAUACAUGAAAUCCAGAUACGAACAGGUUGACCUCAUCGGGAAGAGGACUCAAAAAGCUGCUGUGACUGUAGAACAUUUGGCUAUAGAGUGUCACUGGUCUCAAAGGGCAGCAGUUAUUGGCGAUGUCAUUCAGGUUUACAGUGGCAGUCAUGGACGGACCAUAGUCUUUUGUGAGACCAAAAAGGAGGCAAAUGAACUGGCCCUGAAUGCUUCUAUUAAACAGGAUUGCCAGUCGCUGCAUGGUGACAUUCCUCAGAAACAAAGGGAGAUAACAUUGAAAGGUUUUAGAAAUGGUGUGUUUAAAGUUCUGGUUGCAACUAAUGUAGCUGCCCGUGGUUUAGAUAUCCCUGAAGUUGACCUGGUUGUACAAAGUUCACCACCAAAGGAUGUGGAGUCAUAUAUUCAUCGUUCUGGGCGCACAGGCCGAGCUGGACGGACUGGGAUGUGUAUCUGUUUUUAUCAGCGAAAGGAAGAAAGUCAGCUAAGACAUGUGGAACAAAAAGCAGGAAUUACAUUUAAGCGUGUAGGUGUUCCUACUGCAACAGAUAUAAUAAAGGCUUCCAGCAAAGAUGCCAUCAGGUGUUUGGAUUCUGUUCCUCAAACUGCCAUUGACUAUUUCAAAGAGUCAGCUCAGUGGCUAAUAGAGGAAAAGGGGGCAGUUGAAGCUCUGGCUGCAGCACUAGCCCAUAUUUCUGGGGCUACUUCCAUUGAACAGCGUUCCUUGCUCAACUCAGAUGUGGGAUUUGUAACAAUGACAUUGCAAUGCUCAGAAGAGAUAGACAACAUAAGCUAUGCCUGGCGAGGGCUAAGAGAACACCUGGGUGAUGAAAUUGAUAGGAAAGUGAACAGAAUGUGUUUUCUCAAGGGAAAAAUGGGGGUGUGUUUUGAUAUUCCUGCAGUGAAUCUUAGACAAAUACAGGGAAAAUGGCAGGAUUCAAAACACUGGCAUCUGACUGUGGCAACUCAAUUACCCGAGUUAGCAGAAACCCAGCGAGAAGGAGGCAGAGGCUUCUACGACUCCAGGAAUGGGAGGCGAGGUGGCAGCUUUAAUAGAAACAGAUUCAGAAAUAGAGGCCAGAAACGAAGUUUUGACUGAGCAUUUGAUCGCUAGCUCUAACAAUAAAAUUUGCAGAAAUGAGACUAAAAUAUUUUUAUCCACAUUAAAAAAAGUCAUGUUCGUUCUA